CAGGAGAGGGUACUUCAGAAACCUAAUCAUGUGUUGGAGAUGCCUGGAGGACCUCUCUCCCUCACUCUGAGAGGCAGCCUGGAGCCUCCACCCACAACAACCUCUCCAGUCAGCAGUCAGGAGGUGAGGCCAUAGUAAACAGACACACCUACACAGUACAUACUGAGUCACAUAUCCUGUUAGAUACAACAUUUAUUUUCCAUAAUAUGAGGUCAAAAUAUACACACACACGUCAAUGCACUGUUGUUGUAUUUGCAUCCCAGUAAACACCAAGUUUAGUCAUGUAUCGUUGAUCUGCCUGUCAGGUAAUUACUUUAUUAUCCCUUCAAAUAAGGCCAAAAUAGUCUGCACUGAUUUUAUUGCAUGUUUGGUUUAUGUGAUAUUAUAAUAUGUGGUCAGAGAUUCAGGCUGUGUCAUGUGGAGAUGGAGAUGGGAUCGGGGUUGGGGUGGGACCAUGGAAGGUACAGGUAGAGAGACUGUUCAUUCAGCUCCAGGAGCAGUACAAAUGCCACUGUGAGGUAGACCCAUGUAAGCUCCAGACUCUGCUACAGAGAAGUACCCUGGGUUCAGAGGAUGUGAGGGUGUACUGCGAGGCAGGGGAAGGGUUUGCGGUGGUGGUAAGAGAGGGGGCCGAGCUCCAGGCCAAGCUGAAGGAGCUGGAGGCCUUCCAGGGUCAGGGUCUGAGCUCUGGGAAGCAGGAGAAGAUCAGCACCACCUGUCGUCUGGGACAGGCCAAGCUCCUUCUUCUAGGGGAAGUGAUAGAAAAGGAUCUAGGUGAGGUUGUUCCAGGGGUGUGGGUGACGUCUUGUGAUUCAGCUUAGCUGGUACUGGAGGGUUCAGCAAGUGAAGUCCGGAAAGCCAGAAAGCAGGUGGUGCAUGAGGUUUCCCUCCACCUCCUGUCCUUCUUGAGGCAGGAGUAUGGGAAGCCUGAGCACCUGAGCAGCCUGCUGGGGUUGGAACGCCAUGUGGAAGUAGAGCUUGGUGACACAGAGCUCCGCCUGUUCGCCCUGUCCUCCUGGAAACUGGACCAGGCUGAGAAGGAUCUGCUGGGGGAGUUUAGGGAGGAGAAGAUCGACUUGCCCAACUGUUCCGCCAUGCCGGCUGAACUGAAGUCGAAGCUUGAGAAGAAGGUGAUGGAGAUGAACCAGAGCAGUUGCCAGGUAGUGUCCAUGUGCAGCUGCUGAGCCACAUGAAGCAGGUUAUGGAACUGAGGGGGGAGAUUUGGGCCUUUCUUUUAGACCAGUCCAGUGUGGAGGAGCUAUCUCCUUACCCGCUCUGGCCUCCUUGGUCCACCAGACUGUGACCAUAGACCAGCAGGGGGUGCUACGGUACUUCCAGGGCCUGGGAAUGGUGUACAUGGGUGCGGGGGUCCGCUCUCAACACUGCCUCAUCCAGCAGCAAAACCAUGGUGGCGUUGCCGGUGAAGCGGGCGCCGGACCAAGACGGUAGGAGGGCUGCAGGUAGUGAGGUGUCAGGGUGACAUCACCAAGGAACAGGCGGACGCGCUGUUAAACGCAGCCAAUGAGGACCUGGAUCAUGCUGGGGGCGUGGCUGCAGCUCUGAGCCAGGCUGGGGGACCUGAGGUACAGUGGGCCAGCAGGGAUCUGGUUAGGCAGAUAGGGAGAGUACCCACAGGUACAGUGGUAGAGACCACAGGAGGGAAGCUGCCUUGUAAGAUGCUGUUGCAUGCGGUGGGACCAGUAGGGGGCAGCGUAGGUGGGAAUGAGUGCCUUCUACUGGAGAAAACAGUAAAGGCAGCCCUGUAUCUGACAGAGACCAUGGUGUGUGUGUCAUUGCAAACACACCCACACACAUACACACACACGCAUGCACACACACACACACACCACUGA